GGCUAUCUCCGUUGCAGGCGUGAGUGAACCUCUCUGCCUUUGCCUCUCGCGCCAUGGAGAAACUCGCGUCCAGUUCGUCUGGAAACAACAGAAUUUGCGCAAACAGGCGCUUCAAAAUGGCGCACCUCACUCUUUUGGUGUUCGCCGCCGUCUCAACCUUCACUUACCAUGCCCUGACGACGUCCGUCUCAUCCUCUGCCACGGUGCACACAAUCCCAGCCAACGCUGCGACGAUCCUUGGCCGGUGCAGCUCUCUCACCCUCGCGCCAGGCCCUCCCGACGACUUCUACGAGCGCACGCAGUCGGACCGAUACGAGGCGGGGACGAAGCCGACCCUUAUCAAGAACGCGAAGAUCUGGACCGGGGAGGAUGACGGAACGAAGGUCGUGCAUGGCGACAUCCUGCUGGACAAAGGCAUCAUCAAAAAGAUCGGCAAAGUGGAUGCCAAGGCGUAUGGAUCGGACUGGGACGUCGUCGAUGCUCAGGGCGCCUGGGUCACCCCGGGCAUUGUCGAUUUGCACUCGCAUCUCGGCGUCGACAGUGCACCGGCGCUGAGCGGCGCGUCGGACACAAACUCCCACAAGGGCCUGGCCAUGCCCUGGCUGCGCUCAUUGGACGGCCUGAACACGCACGACGACGCGUAUCUGCUCUCCAUGUCCGGCGGCGUCACCACCGCGAAUGUGCUCCCCGGCAGCGCCAACGCGAUCGGCGGCCAGGCAUUUACCAUCAAGCUCCGGCCAACCGCGGAGCGCUCGUCGUCUGCGAUGCUGCUCGAGCCGCCGUUCACUCUGAACGGCUCGUACGUGGAUCCGAACCAGCGUCCGAGGUGGCGUCAGAUGAAACACGCUUGCGGGGAAAACCCCAGCCGCGUCUACUCUGGCACUCGGAUGGACACUCAAUGGGCCUUUCGCCAGGCUUACAACACCGCCCGUCUCGUCAAGGAGAAACAAGACGCGUUCUGUGCCAAGGCCGAAGCUGGCCUGUGGACGGGACUCGGCGAGUUCCCUGAGGAUCUGCAGUGGGAGGCGCUGGUCGAUGUGCUGCGGGGUCGCGUCAAGAUACAGAACCAUUGCUACGAGGCCGUCGACUUUGAUGGCAUGAUUCGGCUCACAAACGAAUUCAAAUUCCCCAUCUCCACUUUCCAUCACGCACAUGAAGCAUACCUCGUUCCGGAGCUGCUCAAAAAGGCGUAUGGCAAACCCCCGGCAAUUGCGAUGUUCGCCACUCACGCGCGUUUCAAACGCGAAGCCUACCGCGGCUCGGAAUUCGCACCCGCCAUCCUUGCGGACAAUGACAUCGACGUGGUCAUGAAGAGCGACCAUCCCGUGCUCAACUCUCGCCACCUCAUCUACGAGGCCCAACAGGCGCACUAUUUCGGGUUGCCGGAGAACUUGGCGCUGGCUUCGGUGACGACGACCCCGGCCAAGGCCAUGGGACAAGACCAUCGGGUGGGGCAUCUCAUUGAAGGAUAUGAUGCCGAUGUUCUCGUGUGGGACAGCCACCCGCUUGCACUCGGUGCUGCCCCGAUCCAGGUCUGGGUCGACGGAAUCAAGCAGCUCGAGAAGCCGCACGUGUCCCCGAAGCCUGCUGCCUCGCAAAGGGCACCGGAAACACCGGAUUUCACCGCUGAGAUCAUCGACGCCGUCAAGUACGAGGGACUGCCGCCCUUGGAGGCGACGGAGGCCAGCUCCGACGUGGUCGUGUUCUUCAAUGUCGGAUCAGUGUUGCUCAAAGAGGGCGAUCGGGUGGCUGAGAGGUUCUCGGCCGCUGAGUACGUCGUCACUGUGGAGAAGGGCCGGAUCAUCUGCAUGGGAGAGUGUCUGUCGGACCUGUCCCGCUCGGACGCGACUUACAUCGACCUCGAGGGCGGGUCUGUUUCUCCGAGUUUUGUUUCCUGCGGCACUAGUCUGGGAUUGACGCACAUCAGCGGGGAAGCUUCCACCAACGACGGCCGGGUUUUCGAUCCUCUGCGGGCGCAGGUGCCUGCCAUCAUCGAGGACGAUGUGAUCAAGGCAGUGGACGGCCUGGUCUUUGCCAGCCGCGACGCACUGCUGGCUUACCGCUACGGUGUCACGUCCUCUGUCACCGUGCCGAUGUUCAGCGGAUUUCUAGGAGGACUGAGCACCGUGAUCAACCCGGGUGCGGCUCACAAGCUCGUUAGCGGGGCCGUGAUCCAGGACGUCGCUGCGCUGCACAUCGCGCUUUCCAUGUCGUCCUCCAGCAGCGUCAGCACCCAGAUCGCCACUCUGCGCGGCCUGCUGCUCGGCCGGGGCAAGGGAGACACGGGCAAGCGGUUUGCGCAGGUCGUCGCUGGCGAGAUGCCGCUGGUGAUCAACGUGGAGAGCGCCGACAUCAUCGCCAGCCUCCUGGUGUUGAAGAAGGAGGUGGAGAGGGUGUCCGGCACGCGUAUCCGGCUUGUGCUCUCGGGUGCGACCGAAGCCCAUCUGCUUGCCAAAGAGAUUGGAGAAGCUGGGGUCGGCGUGCUCACUCAGCAGCGUCCGUACCCCCAUCGAUGGGAAGAGCGCCGGAUCCUCUCCGGCCCGCCGCUUUCCCCGACCAGCGCCAUCGGCGAACUGGUCAAGCACAACGUGACGGUGGGUCUGCAAAUGAGGGACACAUCGCAAGUGCGGAAUACCGCGUUCGAGAUGCGAUGGGCACAACUCGAAUCCAAUGGGAUAAUCGGGCAUACCACGGCAUAUGAGCUGGUGACGACCAACGUCGAGAAGCUGCUGGGUGUCAAGGACGGAAAUACGGAUCUGAUUGCGACCAGGGGAGGAUCGGGGUUCUCUGGGAAGAUAGUGGCCAUCAUCUCUGCUCGGGACCAGGUUGUUCGCUUGGUUUGAGCACUUUGUUAUCAGGGUAGUUUCGGAUCGGCAUACAAGUCAUAUUCCAUCGGAUUUUUGAGGCAGUGAGAUAAGGUUUCAUUCGAGGGCAGUCUCACAGUAGGCCAUGACGACCCCGCGUUCUCUAUGUAAAAUUGAGAAUGGAUUGGGA